AAACGAAACCCCACAUUCCCCGACACGAUUCAAACCACCACCAACGAACCUCUUAUUCGCCGGCGACGACGAUGUCCAAGGCCGCCGCCGCCGCGUCGCUCCCUCCGCCGCCGCCGGAGGUGGCGCACCUGGUGGAUCAGCUCCAGCGCCACCACCUCGCCCCCGACGCCUCCCUCCUCUCCAGCUGCGCCCACUCCGACCUCCUCCAGGCGCGGGAGGAGGUCGCGUCGGAGCGCGCGCGAUACCUGGAGGCACUGGCUGUGUACGCGGAGGCCAUUGCUAUGGUGGAGGAGUAUCAGCACGCCAUCUCCACUGGCGUCGCCAACGCUGGGAAGAAGCUCAACUGCUCCCCGCAGGUGUACGAGUCAUUGGAGCACCAUUUGGCGGUUGCAGAGGCUGCGCAGAGGUUAAGGCUUCCACUGCUCUCGCAGGAUGGAGAUGUACAUGAGGAGGAGAUAGAGAAGCUGAGCACCUUGUCUAGGAGCUCAUUCGAUAGCACCAUGACAAGUGCCGCACCUAGCUCGAGUUCAAUCUCGACUAGUUACAAUAACUACAGCAGCACCGCAAGUGCAGCCACUGUUGCUGCGGCCCCUGGUACUGGUGGUUCGGAGCCAGUUGAGCCUGGUGUUGGCGGUGUUCCUGAUCGUUUUCUUGGAAUCACAUCGGAUUAUCUCUACCAGGUGCAGCAAGAGCAGCCAGCCAUGACCGUGGACAUGGUUGACUAUCAACGAACUCUGGCAAGAGAGAUUGAGGCCCGCUUAGAAGCCAAGUGUGAUGCUUUAGCUGAUCUGUUUGCAAUGGAUGAAAGGGAUUCAUCAUCCAUUAGUCAGAUUUCAAGUGCCAGACUUCCAGAAAGGGUGAAGUUAAUUAUUGAAGAGAUUGAAAAGGAAGAGGCCCUUCUACUAGACGAUCUUGCUUCGAUGGAUAGAAAAUUUGCCGAACACUAUAAUGUCCUGGAGCAAAUUCUUGCUGUACUUAUACAGUUCGUUAAAGACAAGAAAUUGGAACAUCAGCAUCAAUAUGAUGAUCUGAAGAAGACUUGGCUUAUUAAAAGGUGCCGGACAAUGAAUGCUAAAUUAAGCUAUCUUGAGCAUCAUCUCUUGCGUGACACCUAUACCAAGGAAACAGUACCGGCACUACAUAGGAUCAGGAAAUAUCUAGUAGAGGCCACGAAAGAAGCAUCCAAUUCUUAUACUGAAGCGGUUUCACGGUUGCGCGAGUACCAAGGUGUAGAUCCACACUUUGAUGUAAUUGCAAGGCAAUACCAUGAGAUUGUAAAGAAACUGGAGGGCAUGCAAUGGACGAUUCAUCAGGUCGAAAUGGAUCUGAAGCCUCACCAUGACCAUGCAGAUGUCUAGGCUCCAUCUCUCCAGGAGUGCAGGCAUCUUUCAUGUUUGUUUCCAGAAUGUGAUAGCCUGUGGAUGUUGCCAUGCCCUUGUUCCACUUUACAGGCUUGUUGUUUAUUGCUCCCAGCUGAUUGCCGAGUAAGCUGGAUAGCUUCUGCAUUAUGUAAAGUUUAACCUCAAGCAUGCAAUAUAUAUGGAGAUGUGUGUUUGUAUUGUGUAAAAUUUUCGUCCAUGAUAUGUAUUGUGUUCUUAACUACCAUAAGGGGGAAAAAGCAGGAUUAACCGAGCACA